GGCACGUUCCACCAAUCAUUUGUCAUUGCGAUCCAUCAAAAUCUCUAUUUAAGAAAAAAUUAAAAAAAAGCAAGUCCUAUCCCUCUCUUUCUGUAUUCUCCAUGAAAUGAUACCAGUCAACCAUAUUAAAACGCUUAUCAUUGACAAUUAUGACUCUUAUACCUUCAACUUGUUACAGCUCUUUGAAAACGAUACCAACGUCGUGGUCAUUCGCAACGACCAGUUCACUUGGGAUGAAUUUGUCGUAAAGGUAUUGCCCUAUUUCGAUAAUGUCAUUAUCUCACCAGGUCCUGGAAGACCUGAAAGAUCUGAGGACUUUGGUAUUUGCACUCAGUUAUUACAAGCGCAAUUGGAUCCACAUCAAUCACAAUUCCACCGUCCCAUUUUUGGUGUCUGUUUAGGUCACCAAGGUAUCGGCCAUUUAUUUGGUGGUAAAGUCAUGUAUGCUCCUCGAAUCAUGCAUGGUCGUAUGUCGCAAGUACACAUACAACAAUCUCAAAAAGCCUACAAUGAUGUUCUUCAUCAAUGCCCUACCCCCUUUUGGGCUGUGCGUUAUCAUUCACUCGUUGUCGAAAAAGAAUCAUUACCAGAGGAUUUGAUCGUUACUGCUUUUUGUUAUGAAAAUGACGCGGAUAUGGAUGCACUGAAAAAUGCUUCUUUUCUGGCUGAUAACGAAGGUGAAGAAAAGGAAUCUCGAAAUCAUUAUUUGGAUCCCAUAUCUGAAGAAGAAACAACAGAGAUCACCAUUAUGGCCUUUCAACACAAGCAUUUGCCCAUCUGGGGAGUGCAAUUUCAUCCGGAAUCCGUAUCCACAGAACAUGGAUCCAAAAUGAUGAAUAAUUUCCAGUUAGAAACAUGUAAUUGGAUGAUGAACCAGGGAAAUAGACAGGUUUCUUACGACCUUUUGCCCCAAACCUUAACAUCUAUUUCUGCAGCAUUACCCCAACCAUCCACCCGAAGUGUCUCUCAAAAGAGCCGAUUUAGACUCUACACAAAGACAUCCACGAGUUGGAUCGAACCCGAAUCAUUUGUGGAUGAAUUUUUAUCGACUCAGGGCAACCAUUUUAUUGGUUGGUUAGAUAGCAGUCGAAAAGCAUCUCCUUAUUCUCGUACCUCCAUCCUUUCCACAGAUCCCGCCAUUCAAUAUCGAUACUCUACUUUACAUCGUGAGUUAAGAUCCACCUAUAGAAACGGUAAAGAAACCGUCAGUGCUAUCCAAGGCACCUUUUUUGAUUUCAUCUCCACUAUUAUGUCCGACAUGGGAAAACCAAUAUGUGAAAAUUCGAAGCUCAAAGACUUGGAAUUUCAAGGCGGGUUGAUGGGUUACCUUGGCUAUGAAAUGAAGCGAGAAAGCAUGGAGGGAUAUGUGACACCGGAGGAACAAGCAUGUCAUUGUCAGAACCAUGGUGAAGCCAAUUGUUGUGCUUGUGUAGAGGAGCCUGAUGCUGCAUUUCAAUUCGUGGAUCGCUUCCUUGUGUUUGAUCAAAUAAAGCGAGAAAUCCAUAUUUGCUGUCUUGUUAGUCAAGACGAAGAAUAUGAUGUGGGAUUCCAUCAGCCCGAUGAUGCUUUGGAUUGGAUGAAUGCACAACAAUACAAGAUUUUAAGUACAUGUGAGAUACUGCGUAAAAGAAAGAUGCUGGAUGAAUAUAUCAGCUUAACUCCCGUGUCAUCGACAUGUACUACACCCACGCCUUCUGUCAGCAUGGACACUGUAUUUACAGCAGAUGCCGAACAUGGACCCUACCUGGACACCAUUGCAGAAUGUGUAGAAAACAUUCGACAAGGCGAAGCCUAUGAGAUUUGUUUAACCACAAGGUUCAGAUUAACUUUACCAAAACAUAUUACCACGAAACCAUCCGACCUUACUUUAUGGCGUCUUUAUACCCGGUAUUUGCGAAAGAAUAAUCCUGCUCCUUUUUCGGCCCUGAUCGUCUUUCCCGGAUUAGGCGUACUGUCGUCAAGCCCAGAAAGGUUUUUGAAGGUCUCGAGUGAUGGAGUAGCAGAAAUGAAACCUAUCAAAGGUACGGUCGCCCGUGUCCUCAAAUGUGUCUGCUCAGAUGGUACGUGUGAUUUUGGCCAAGUCUGUGAAGAGAAACAACACUUGCAAGAUGAGCAUGUUAAACAGCAAUUAUGGCAAGAUGUGAAAGAACGAGCAGAGAACUUGAUGAUUGUGGAUUUGAUUCGGAAUGAUUUGGCUCAAGUGUGUAAACCAAGUAGUGUUCGCGUUCCUAAAUUAAUGCACGUAGAAAGCUAUGAAAAGGUUCACCACUUGGUAUCCACAAUUCGUGGUACUUUAUAUGAGGAUGUGAAUAGCGUGGAAGCGGUUAAGACAUGUUUCCCACCGGGAUCCAUGACAGGCGCACCCAAAUUACGGUCCGUGCAAUUACUGGACGGAUUGGAAAAGCACAAGCCACGAGGCAUCUAUUCAGGCUGUCUGGGGUAUUUCUCCUUGAAUGGUAGUGCGGAUUUCAAUGUGGUGAUUCGAACAGCCGUAGCUGCAAAUAAGAAAGAAGGUGUGGUGGAAGUAUCAGUCGGUGGCGGUGGUGCCAUUACAUUUUUAUCGGAUCCCGAACAAGAAUGGAAAGAAACCUUAUUAAAGACAAAGAGUGUAGCACCAAGCGUCAAGGAGUUUCUUCAAGAUCAAUAAAUUAAUGCUUUAGCAAUAAUAAAAAGAAAAAGAAAAAGGAUCAAUAAUAAUUGUCUGGCGAAUAAUGACGGGGUUGAUAAUAAUGACGAUUCGUAGGCUG